GGCUGGCAGAUGGUUGUAGCAGAGUUGCUGUAGGAACGGGCUGGCUGCUAUGGACGCUGCUGGAGGGAGGCGCGUACGGCGCCCGGGCCCCCCUCGCCGGGCUGGUGCUCCCUGCGGGCGAGUUCUGCUGUGGGGCUGGGCCCUGCUGGGCUGCGCCUGGUGCCCUCGCCCCCCGGGGGCUGCUGCCGCCGGCUACGCGCUGGACGAUUCGGGCGGGCUGGGCAGUGAGUUCGACGGCAUCGGGGCCGUGAGCGGCGGAGGGGCUACCUCUCGACUUCUGGUGAAUUACCCAGAGCCUUAUCGCUCUCAGAUCUUAGAUUAUCUGUUUAUGCCAAAUUUUGGUGCCUCUUUGCAUAUUCUGAAAGUAGAGAUUGGUGGUGAUGGACAGUCAACAGAUGGUACUGAACCCUCCCACAUGCACUACGAAAACGAUGAGAAUUAUUUCCGGGGCUAUGAGUGGUGGCUAAUGAAAGAAGCUAAAAAGAGGAACCCCAACAUUAAAUUGAUUGGGUUACCUUGGGCAUUUCCUGGAUGGAUAGGGAGGGGUCAGAACUGGCCCUAUAAUCAUCCGGAUGUCACUGUUUACUAUAUUGUUUCCUGGAUUCUAGGUGCCAAGCAGUAUCACAAUUUGGACAUUGAUUAUAUUGGGAUAUGGAAUGAAAGGUCAUUUAAUCGCAAAUAUAUCAAGCUAUUAAGGUACACCAUGGAUAAACGAGGUCUGCAGCGGGUGAGGAUCAUAGCCAGUGAUAACAUGUGGGAGCCAAUUUCCUUUUUCAUGAUGGUCGAUUCUGAGCUCCAUAAAGUGGUUGAUAUCAUAGGGGCUCAUUACCCUGGAACAAAAACAGUGGCUAGUGCCUUAGCAACUCAGAAGAAACUAUGGGCUUCAGAAGACUAUAGCACUUUCAAUGAUGAAGUGGGUGCAGGCUGCUGGGCUCGGAUCCUGAACCAGAACUAUGUGAAUGGAAAUAUGACAUCCACCAUUGCUUGGAAUUUGGUGGCUAGUUAUUAUCAAGUUUUGCCCUUUGGUCGAGAUGGAUUAAUGACCGCGCAAGAGCCAUGGAGUGGCUAUUAUGCAGUGGAAGGUCCCAUCUGGAUCACAGCACACACGACCCAGUUUACCCACCCUGGCUGGCACUACCUGCAGGUGGAUGGACAUUUAAAAGACGGUGGUAGCUAUGUAGCUCUGACCGAUGGCCUAGGCAACCUUACUAUCAUCAUUGAAACUAUGACUUAUCGCCACUCUCAGUGUAUCAGGCCUCCACUGCUUCCCUUCAUUGUGUCACCUCAGAAAGCAACUUUCUACCUCAAAGGAUCCUUUCAUAAAGUGAAAAUCUUGAAAAUGUGGUAUACUAAGCUUGGCUUCAAAUCUGCAAAUUCUACCUUAUUCCAUCCUCUUCCUCCUGUAAAGGUACAUGAUGGGAUGUUCAGCUUAAAUCUGGAUGUGGAUGAAGUCUACACAUUAACUACCCUCAUGACAGGCCGGAAAGGCACUUACCCAGAUCCUCCUCAGUCCAAGCCUUUUCCUUCAAAUUACAAGGAUGAUUUCAACAUUCGUAAUCCGCCCUUUAGUGAAGCUCCAUAUUUUGCUGAUCAGACUGGGGUAUUCGAGUACUUUGUCAACACUUCUGAUCCAGGGGACCACAUUUUCACACUCCGCCAGGUGGUGGUUCAGAGACCCAUCACCUGGGCUUCUGAUGCAGACCAGGCCAUCAGCAUUAUAGGAGGCUUUAAAUGGAUAAAUGUGACGAUAACUUGUGAUGUCUAUAUAGAGCGCCUGGGCAACGGUGGUGUGUUCAUUGCAGGAAGAGUAAACAAUGGCGGGAUAUAUGUUCGACGCAGCAAAGGACUCUUCUUCUGGGUGUUUGCAGAUGGCACCUACCGGGUCACUGGUGAUCUCUCUGGAGAGGAAGUCCUUAUGAAAGGAAUGUCUGGUGUGCGAGCCAGAGUAUGGCACACACUCACUCUGAAUCUCAAGGGUUCUUCUGCCUCAGGAUUGCUCAAUGGUUAUCCUCUCUGGGAGAACGUCACCUUAUCUGAGACAAGCCAUGGCUGGGCGGCUAUUGGAACACGCUCCUUUGAAUUCGCACAGUUUGACAAUUUUCACGUUGAGGCCAGUUGAGGUUGCUGGCAUACUAAGCCAAGCCAGUUGUUUUAUUACUACUUUGAAUCGGAGCCAGUUCAAACUUUGGAGAUAACUUGUAAAUACUAUUUUGAGGUUGAUUUGUUGGCCAGCGUUCUAAAUUCCAUCCUUAUUUAUUACUGUUUGUUAGAAAUUCACUUGAGUAGGUAUGUGUUACACAUGCCUGUGACUUAAUUAAAAGGAUGCUCUGGGAUUUUGCCCUUUAAUUUUCAGAGAUAAGUUUUUGUUUAAGUUAGAGAUGGCAAACAGGAGCUAUGGAUUGAAACUCUCUUGAAUAUGCCCCAGUUCACUUGUGAGCCAUUGAAGAAAUUAACGUGCAGUAUGUAGAGGACCUCCGAAGCUUCAGUUUUAACACUUACCUGGCUCUGGUGUUUUCCUUUCACCCUCCAACUAAGAAUUAAACAUCUAAAUUUAGUGAACAUAUUCCUAAAGGGUCACGUUUACUGUUCCCAAAUUCCCCUUUCAACAAAGUGCUUAAUUCUGUUACAAUAGAAAGAUGUUUGCCAUAGUCUGAGGCUAGGGAAUACACAACUGCAAGUGCAUUUGAAUUACUUCUCCCACUUGUAAAUGAGACCUGCAAUACCAGCCUUUAGACAUAUAUAUUUUGAGGCUGUAAUCUGUACAUUGGAGUACAAACACAGCUUAUGGUUGAUUUGGCCAUUUAGGAAGUGCCUUAUUUUUAAACUACCUCUGUCAUUAAUGACAAAGUAGCAAAUGAGCUAUUGUAAUACAAUCAGCUGUUGAUAUCCCCACUCCUUUCUGUGCACUAUCUUGGUUGCUUUUCCAGGAGGGAGGGGAAAGAUGGGUCUCUUAAUUUGGUGAGGUGCUUAGAUAAUAUGGUCAUGAGCUCUUGAAGUACAGAUGAGCAGAUUUCCUCUUGAGUUUACACCCAAGACAGCUGUGUCACCCAGCUACUGAAUGGUCUCUGAUAAGUAAAGACCCCAUUCUGAGAUGCAGAAAUGAUCUUUCACUGGAUGUUGACAACUGUAAACUUUUCCAUUCAUGUCAGGGCAGGACUCCGAAGUAGCUAAUAUGUGAAAAAUGUGCUUCUUUUCCUAAAAGGUUUGUCAAGCAUCUUCCACUUAUGAUACGGGACUCUAUCCUAAAACAGAGAAUAAAUUAAGUAUAAUUAUAUGUUA